AUGAAGAUGGAGAUUAUAGAUUCUUUCGAAGUCCUCAAGAAGAUUGAUGGCAAGUUCGACAUGUACGUCAAAGUCAUAGUCCGACAGGGAGGCGAAUACUACAUUGGCAAAUGGAGAGACCGCAAGCACCUGCCAGACGACUUCUCUCAGCUGGAAGACGUCAGAAUUAUUCCGACAAAGGAUCGAGGACCGGCGAUGAACCCCCAAUGGACGACUGCACAAUCUGAGGGCGACUUUUACGUCAAAAAACCCAGCCUUCAGGAUCACGUGGAUCCUGAGCUAGAAAACCGAGUCGAGCACGAAAUCAAGAUGUGCGAACUGAUCAAGAGAGAUCCUCAUCCUAACCUGGCGUCUUACUAUGGCUGUGUGGUCAAGGAGGGAAAAGUGAUGGGGAUCUGCUUCAAGAAGUACCAGAGAACACUCUUGGAGACAGUCAACCCGGGCAGACUGUCCAAGCGACACUUUAUGGAGAGCGGCCGACCACUUGUCAGGAACCACAUGAAAGGCUGGCUCGAAAGCCUUCGCAGCGCUGUGAUCCAUCUGCACUCGUUGGGGCUCGUCCACAACGACAUCACACCGGCGAACAUUAUGUUGGACGAAGCUGAUUCUCCGGUCCUCAUUGAUUUUGGCGGACUGUGUCGGGUGGGGGAAUCGCUGAGGACAGUCAAGAGGACUUAUGGAUGGUAUGACGAAGCGGUAACUGAAGCGACCAAGCAGGCUGAUCUGGAUGCUCUUGCGGAGAUUGAGGCCUUGUUAUUCGCAACUCCAGAUGGUCUGAAGUUCUCUGGGUGA